GGGUCGGGCAUCCGUUCUUUAGGGAGUCGACAAGCACAAGCUCGAGGAUGUUAUCAAACCGAUUGCGAAGUUUUUCGCAUGACAUGGAGUGCUAGGACGAACUUAAUAUUCGAAAGACCAAAAGACAAGACCGGAGACAAGGAGGCCGGCGUUGCUGCCGUGACCUGUGAAACCGGACAAUACGGAAACCUUAUUGUUACAUACAAAAGCCCAAAGCAAAAUCCCAAAUUCUCUUUACCUUGAAGACGAAGCAUAGACAGGACAGCAGCACCAACGGCAGAUUGAUAAUCCUCGGCAUCAUCAAGAAGAAUUCCUGGACAUUGCUGGUCUUCUCUCUGCGUCAGUCAGUGGUGGUGGGUGUUGUGUCUUGGAGCUGUUGACGCAAGGAGGCCCGGGAAGCCACUUUUUUUUCAGAUUCAACGGCCGCCGAUCGGAGAAGAGAUCUCUGAGAUGGCGGCUGCCCCCGGGAGCAGGAUCGGGGAGGAUGCGAAGAGGGCGCACGCGGCCAUGGCGAUGGUGCAGCUCUUCAAUGGGGGAUACCACGUCAUUACCAAAGUAGCCCUCAAUGCCGGGGUCAACCAGCUGGUGUUCUGCGUCUUCCGCGACCUCCUCGCCCUUUCCAUCCUCGCCCCCGUCGCCUAUCUCCGCGACCGCGAGAAAAGGACUAGACUUCCUAUGACAAGACGCCUUUUGCUUUCAUUCUUCUUCCUUGGACUGACUGGGAUAUUCGGAAAUCAGCUCUUGUUCCUUGUUGGGCUGACCUACACAAACCCAACUUACGCCGCUGCAAUACAACCUUCGAUACCAAUCUUCACUUUUAUCUUGGCCAUUAUGAUGGGUACAGAAAAGGUGAGGUUUUCCCGAAUCGAGGGUCAAGCAAAGGUUUUAGGCACCGUCAUUUGUGUUUUUGGUGCUGUAUUGAUGGUUCUGUUCCGUGGCCCUGCCUUAAUUGGAUAUGAGGAAGCAGAUUUUGCGACCCAUAAUGAAAUAAGUGCAAAAUCCCAACCCGAGCCUUCACACUGGUUCUUGCUUAGUUUCCUUGAUUUGGGGCUCGAAGAUUGGCAUGUCGGAGUUCUAUGUUUAAUUGGGAAUUGCUUGUGCAUGGCUGCUUUUUUGGCUAUACAGGCUCCAGUUUUAGCCAAGUAUCCUGCAAGCUUAUCAGUCACAGCGUAUGCAUAUUUCUUUGGUGCAAUGUUCAUGGUUACAACGUCAUUCUUUAUGACUGGGGAGUCAACGGAGUGGAGUUUGACCCGACCAGAGCUUUAUGCUGUCCUCUAUGCCGGGAUUGUUGCAUCUGCCCUAAACUACGGGCUCUUGACUUGGUCAAACAAGAUAUUGGGGCCAGCUCUGGUCGCUCUGUACAACCCGCUUCAACCUGCAUUAUCAGCCUUACUAUCAAGAAUAUUUCUUGGAAGCCCCAUCUAUCUUGGAAGCGUCGUAGGGGGAGGUCUGAUCAUAGGAGGUCUCUAUUUAUUCACAUGGGCAUCUUACCGAGAAAAGCAAACCGCAAUGGGGAGUAUCAUUACGGGCACUCCUCGAUCUUCGCAGCCUCUCAUUCUCAAGGACGGGAUCACAGAUCAGAAAGGGCAUCUUCUGUUGGGAUCCUCAGCCUCCUUACAUAAAGGACUAGAUUGAGAGACCAAGCGCUAUUGUGGAAUUAAAAUGUUAGAUCGAACAGUUCAGUACUUUGAUUAAGCUGUAUGUUGUCUUUGCGCUCCUCUAGCCAUGAUGCAUGCUUAAGGAAAAGAAAUCAUACUUGUAAAGAACGACAGAGGUGUGAUCCCCGAUGAAGCCGGAAGAUCUCUCGCCUCUGUUUGCCCUCUCCCCUACUACAUCAAUAUCUGUUUUGUUUUCUUCAUUCA